AUGAAUCCUUGGCCUGAUGAACCUGAAAGUUCUGCGAUUUCAUCUGUAUUUGGAAGAGAUCCUCCUCCCCACACUGCUGCAAAUGCAAAUCGAAUUCCACCUCAUGUUCGAAUUCCAAAUCAAAUGCCAACUCAUCCUCAAGUACCCCCUCCUCAAUUUCAUCCUGUGCCUCAGCAACCACAAUUUCAUCCUGCGCCCCCACAGCCACAGUUUCACACAGUACCUCAAGUACCUCAAGGUCAACCACCUCCACCCAACUCGCAGUUCUUUCCUCCGCCACCAAAUCCUUUCGUACAACCACAAUUCGCUUCUCAAAACCCUCAUUUUGUUCCUGUGCCUCCUCGAAGUUCUUUCAAUCCUGUUCCACCACCGCAAUUCAAUCCUGUUCCACCACCGCAAUUUGAUCAAACUUCUCAAUCUUUCCAUCCGACACAACCAACUUUUCAACAACCGUUCUUUCAGCCUCAACAAUCUUCAUUUCAAACUCAGCCACAAUUUUUUCGUCACAAUUCACCAAUUCCUCAGCCAACUACCUUUAGACGAGAAUCACAAAGAGAAACUGAAGGUAUUCAAGUGUUUGAAACAGUUUAUGUUGGAAAUACAUGA